AUGCACCCUCUAAACCCUUUCCUCCGUGCCUUCUUCCGAAGCACUGUUCCGGGGCAGUGUAUACCCGUGGAGAACCAUGUUCUACUCGUUCCCACGACGGAAUGCCUUACCGGCUCACGCGACCGGGAGUCCAGCCUGUACUACUCGGACCUUGUCGCGUCGGAGGAGUUCCUAGGGAGCCAUGUGCUGCGCAUCCCGAUCAACCCCGGCUCAACAAAUGGGAAGGAGGAAUCCAAUGUGCGCGAUAACAGGGGGAAGGCCAAACAAGUGACGACGUUUAAUGGGAGGACUGUGAUCAUCAAAGAGAACUCAGUUUACAGCAACAAAGGCUUCAAGUCCCUUACCCAGGCCCAGCUUCUCUCGGAUGCGCUGUACUAUACUUCGUCAAGCGAGUCCCGGCCAUGGCUUAUUUACUACAUUUCGCGCCCACUGGUCGGGUCGUACGAUCCCGCCAGAGUCAUUCCGGCCGCAGUACCAGGGACCAUGGUGAAGAAGAUAGAACCGACCCCUUCCGACAAGAGAGCGACAAAUGGAGGAUCGAUAACGCCACCGAAGCAGGAGAUCAAGUCAUUUGGUGAUUUGCUUGCAAACUUUCCGAUGAUUGCGAGGCAGAUGCAGCCGGGGCUGGAAAGGCUUUUUCGCGAAUUUGGCAAGGAGCUUGGCAAACCGUUACCUCCACCACCAUGUCGCUCGCCUUCUGCAUCCGGAAGCGAAUCGGAAGUUAGACUGUCCAGAGUGCACACCCUACAAGAUGAAAGCUCGUCUAUCCGCAGCUGGUCAUCCCGUCGAGGCCGUCUGCCCUUCAAUUCGGAAGAAUAUUUCGAGGAUGACGAGGAUCUCAUGCGUCGUAGCCUGGAGACCGCAGUGACUGCCGCUAUCGAUCUCUUCAGGCUCGUUGAUAAACAGCAACUGUCGCUUCUCGGAGCCACUACUGAUCUUACGGGUCCUCUAGUUGAGCGGCUCAUUGAGCGAUAUGUGGCAGAGCAAGUACACGAACCGCUUCUCUUCCCUCGCUUAUGCGCUUUCCGACAACCGGAGGAUUCAGAGCUGGACUCUAGAAUUCGGCAUAUGGAGAGCAUUGACGUCACCCAAGUUGGUAUUUCAGUGGAGGGUGGACAACAAGGCAAACGAGAAGUCAUCCGGCGGCUUGGACGUGGAGUGGAAGAGUUUCGCAAAAUGGCUGAUGCGAAGAGCCCUCAUGAGAUGCUUAAUACCCUGCUAGAGACAGUCAAAGUGAUCUCAUACCCCGGAAGCUAUGACAAUGUCGAUGGGCCAGCCUCUGAGAAGGGUCGAUCUCCUCUGACGAUUAAUGCUGAUGUCUUGGUCUCGUUGCUGCUAGUUGUGGUCAUUCGAUCCCAGAUUCGACAUCUUCAAGCUCGUUUGCUGUACAUGCAGCAUUUCAUCUACAUUGACGAUGUGGAUAGUGGUGAGAUGGGGUAUGCACUGAGCACGUUCGAAGCAGUUUUGAUGUACCUUGUGACCGACUCGGCUGGUCUGCAUCGCGCGAGUACACGAAAUAGGCGGCUAUGGCAAGCCACCAAGGCAGGCCGCAUAUCUGAUAUGAGGAGCAUCCUUGAACCAAAUGGAGAUCAUGAGUCAAUUGACGAAGCUGUCCCGCGUGAGCCUGAGCGAAAGUCUGUGCUUUUCCGCACUGAUAGCUCGUCAGAGCCAGAGGAAUCACCUCAUGAGACAUCAUCCCUGUACAGCCACUCGUUCUUCACCAAUGGUCAACAAAUCCCGGAGGAGGCCAUUGACUCCGAUGCGCCCCCUCUCGCCCACGUUUUCCCCUUCCAGACGUGGAGUGGCGACUCACCUACGAAGGACUACCAACGGCCAAUCAAGAAGGUCUCUAUGGAUCUCCGCAGUCUAUCAGAGUCAUCGGCUGUCUCUUUUCUUUCCAGAACACCCACCAUUGGAUCGAUGACAAGUAACAUCGAAGGCGAUACGUCGUUGGAGACUCUGACCAAAACACAGGAUCCGGCCGGAGAUUCAAUUCCCAUGAUGGCAGUGGAGAGCCGCCAGACCGAGUCGUUGAAGUAUCUACUCAGUUUGGAAGAGUUCUACCCCUUGGAGGACAUUCUCGAAGACACAAACGCGGAUGGAACAACCCUUCUCAAUGCAGCUGUGCAGCUUGCUCAUGCUGAGAGUGUUGAAGUUAUCCUCGACUUUCUCUUCAGCAAGACUGACGAAAGUGUAGUCGCCAAGUACCUGACCAAAUCUGAUGUCCAUGGUCGCACAGUGGGUCAUUACUUGUUCAGCACGCCUUCUCUACUAUCCCGGCUUGGCAGACUCCUUCCCUGGCGACAGCGUGAUAAGCAUGGCCAAACUCCACUCUUCGCUCUCUGUCGGUCAUAUGACCACCCCGAGUACAGAAUGAUGGUUCAAGCCGGCUUGACAGCAGCACAGAGAGCCCAGGGAAAUGGAAAACCUCUUCAGCUCGAUGACCAUGUGGACGCCAAAGGCAACACAUUGUUACAUAUUGUCGGCGAUCCAGAUGUAACAACGCGGAUUCUUCAAGAGAGCGACUGUGAUCCGAAUGCAACUAACGACAAGAGGUUCACGCCAUUGAUGAUGGCUAGUAAAUACGGGCGAGUGGAUCAAGUUCGCAUACUGUUUAUGGAUCCCAGAGUCGAUGUCCAUGUCAAGGAGGCCCGAGGAUUGACUGCCGUCGAACUGGCAAAGGAUGAUGAAGUACGGAACCGCAUCGAUGAUCUAAUCCUGCUAUCCCAUCCGCCAUCCGCAUGUGGUGAUCCUUCCGGCAGGGUGACUACCGUCGUUCGAUCAUUCUUCGUCGAAGAUGCCACGGUACGCUUUAUCCUCAAGUCUGGCGCACCUUAUCCACCAUCCGAAUCAAUAGCAUCAUCGCGUCCAGGCUCGACAACAUACACAGUCACCACGUGUCGUCGCAGCUUCAACGAUUUCGAGAAUCUUGCCAAAUGGCUUGCCGUAGAGCACCCUGCCUCCUAUGUGCCAUCUCUGUCGAAUUUCCGCAACCCCUUCCAAAUCCACUCAAAACCAUCUCGCUCCGUCCUGCACGACCUUCAGGAAAAGCUAGAUCGGUUCCUGAAAAUUCUCCUCACCCAUCCAACCUUCUCCACACAUGAAAUGCUGUGGGAGUUCUUCCUAGUCCCCGAGCUACAACCCGAGAUGAUGGCCGAUCGAUCCAGACGCAAGGCAGCCGUCCUCACCGAGACGAUUGCCGACGAGUACGCACCCGUUUCUCUCGAGGGUAUGCGCGACACAGAGCAGUUCAUCUCUCAUGCCCAAGAUAUGGUACGCGGUGUACACGUCAACACGCGUAGCCUAAUUCGACGGGGUCAUGCACUACAAAACAGUGCCUCCGACCUCGCGGAUGCAGUCACUCUCUGUUCGAGCGUACUCUCCACCCUCAAAGAACCUACCAACGCCCUUCCUUCGACCUACAUAGAUGCCUUUAUCCGCUACGGCUCCUACCUCUCAACCUCAACCUCCGACUCCUCCCCUCUCCUCCAAUUCCUGGCCGCACUCACAUCAAUGGACAACACCACCGCCGCAAUCCUCACAUCCCUCUCCCGCCCACUUACCCUCAUGUCCACCCUUACCUCCACAAACAGGAGUAUCUCCCGCUCCCGCUCUUCCCUCCUCUCAUCCUCGCUCCCACGCAAAUUCAACAUCAACCUCCCAGGCUUCGAAGAGUCUCGUCAAAAAUCCGUCCGCGAUCUCGAACAGAAGAUCCGUGACGGCGAGCUCCAAUCCUCUCGUCUUGCGAAAGAAGUCACCUGGAACAAGGACGUUGUUGUCGGCGAGUUAGCUGGGUGGACGACGUGGCGGGAGAAGGUUGGCCGUGAUGCGAUCCGCGCUUUCGUCAAGGAUACGCUUGUUCGGGAAAGGGAGCGGGGGAAGAGAAUUGAGCGUUGUUUGCGGAGUGUACGUGAGAUGAAGUCAUGA